UCUAAGUCUUGUCUUCAUGGGUGCUUGUCGUACUGUCAACUUGUUAGUCGAACCCCAGCCGUGUCUGGUCAGCUAAACCCAAUCGAUGGCUGGAGGACGCACUGCAGGAUUGAGAGACAUGGGUGUAAACAAGCCGACGAGUCCGAGAAGGCGAACGCUCGCACUUAAGCUCAACAAGGGAUCGCAUGUUGGCCCAUAUCAUCCUCAUUGACAUUCAGUCGAAAUUUGAACGUUUACGGACACAAGAACUAUGGUGCUCAAACACUUUGCUACACUGCUUCUCGUGUUACCAGUGCUUGCUGUUGAAUCUGCUACUAGCAGUAUUGCUGGUGGACCGAAGAUUGCAUGUGCCAAACUCACGACCAAGCAUCCUGAGCAGACUUUCUAUCCAGGUUCUGCCGGUUACGCGUACGAAACCCAGUCAGUCUACUGGUCUGCGACUACUUUCAACGGUCCUGCGUGCGUGUUCGUUCCUCGAAAUGCGUUGCAAGUAUCUCUGGCGAUUACGGCUCUAACGUUAACACAAUCGAAAUUCGCCAUUCGAGGUGGAGGCCACAUGCCAAUUGUUGGUUACAAUGGUAUCGAUAGUACGGGUGUAUUGCUAUCCGCGUCCAAUCUUACCACUCUCGCGCUUGCAUCCGACAAGUCAACGGUCUCAGUAGGUCCAGGCAACCGAUGGGGAGACGUAUACUCCUAUCUGGCACCAUCAAACCUCACAGCAGUGGGAGGUCGCGUCGGUCAUGUUGGAGUCCCUGGCUUAUUACUGGGUGGCGGAAUCUCAUUCUACAGUUCGCAACAUGGUUUUGCCUCAGACAAUGUAGUAAGAUAUCAGUGCGUACUGAGUAGCGGCAUCGUUGUUGAAGUGACUGCCAACAAUGCGUACUCAGAUCUGUACUGGGCCCUCCGAGGCGGCAGCAACUCGUUCUGCAUUGUGACGCGGUUCGACUUGAAGACUGUCCUCUCCAGCAAAGUACACAUCGGCAUUGCACAGUUCAGCCAGUCACAAUCGCGGGAUUAUCUUGACGGUGUCUACAAUUUCGGAAAAUACGGUGGACCGUCUGAUCCUAAAGCGGCUAUCAUCCCCACGAUCUUGACGUUCCCUUCCGCAGAUUUGACUGUGUACGUAGCAACCAGAUUCUACGACUCGCUCACAGACAGCCUUACGGUUUUUGAGAACUUCACUGCGCCACGAAUGCCUCCUGUUGCCGAUUCCUACGUAUUACAACCACUGGCCAACUACAUCACUGCAACAGAUGCAUUGCAACCAAAUGGUCUACGCCAGACAUUCCGCACGCUUUCAUCCGUGGUCAACAGAGACGCCGUCCAGAAGAUCCACGACACUUUCAUCUCUCAUGUUUCGUCGAAGCUUUCCAGGGUAAGCGGUCUACAGGCUUCAAUCACCUUCCAACCGGUGACCAAGUCUUUCCUACAAAAAAGCGUCGACAGUGGAGGUAACCCUCAGGGCGUUGAUAUUUCGAAGGCUCCUUUCUUCUGGAUGGUCGAGAACUGGACGUGGACGAACUCAGUCGACGACGCUACGGUUGAGGCUGCUGCAGACACGAUUACCGCAGAUAUCAACGCCUUCUUAAUCCAAGAGUCUUACAACGCUACAUACCUCUACAUGAAUGACGCAGGCAAGGAACAGCGCGUCUUUCAAAGCUAUCCGGCUGUCAACCUCCGCAGGCUAAAGUUAAUUCGCACGAAAUAUGAUCCCUUGGAGAUCUAUACCAAUUUGCUUGUUGGGGGGUGGAAAGUCGCGCAUGCAUAGUUCAGAGAUAGAGUUCCGGCCACCGCUAUCAUCAAAGCGUUUCCCAGUUUUGGCCUGUAUCCAUCAUGGUCUAGCUUGACCAGUAGCGAACAGUCAAGCUACGGCAUCUGUUAGUUCAAGAGCAUCCCUUGGUCUGAUGAUUUACCGUGGUCUUACA